AUGACAAACGCACUCCAAGCCAAAAGCAAGUUCGGCUUCGUAGAUGGGUCUGUCAAACGCCCAACAUCUGGUUUGUCGGAAGAACCCGCGUGGAUCAAAUGUAAUUCCAUGGUUAUUUCACGGAUUUUUAAUUCACUCUACCCUUCCCUUCAUGAUAGCGUGGCAUAUUUCGUGACGGCACAAGAGAUGUGGAAUGAUCUUGAAGAGCGAUUUUCACAAGGUAACGCUCCUCGUAUUCACCAGUUGAAGACCGAGAUGAUGAACACUUUACAGCAAGGAAUGACCGUUUCGGUAUAUUACACAAAAUUGAAGGCGAUUUGGGAUGAACUUAGCACAUAUUCUCAGAUCCUACCGUGUACAUGUGGCUCUGCGAAGGCACUAACCGUUGAAAGGGAAAAAGAAUGUACAUGUGGCUCUGUGAAGGCACUAACCGUUGAAAGGGAAAAAGAAAAGGUACAUCAGUUUUUAAUGGGAUUAAAUGAGAAAUACAAUACCGUGCGGUCACAGAUUCUGAACACCGAUCCUUUGCCUUCAUUGUCUCGCACUUAUGCACUUGUAACACAAGAAGAGCGUCAACAAUAUGUCACAACAUCCAGGUUACCUGCUGUCGAGGCAGUAGCUUUCAGCACCAGCAAUACCAACAGGAAUCAUGCCAGCCGCAGGUCCUCAAACAACUGUGACCUAUCCAAGCAAUUCUGUGAGUAUUGCAAAAAGACCAGACAUACAAAGGACAAUUGCUUUGAGUUGCAUGGUUACCUAGAAUGGUGGGACAAAGAGAAGAGUUCAUCCAAAAUCAAAACUGCCAACAGCUCACACCGUGUGAAAAUUGAUGGAGAUAGCAAUACUGUACCAAUUAGUGGGCUGACCAAUGAGUAG